AUGUUUCAUCGUGCAGCAAGUGGUGCUAAAUUUCUUCGUCAUAUUGUUCUCUUUAAAUUCAAAGAUACAGCUAGUCAUGCCGAUAUUACUAAAAUUGAACGUGAAUUUCGAGCAUUAGCUACGACCAAGGUACCACAAGUGCAACAAUUCGAAAGCGGAACACACAUUGGUAAAGAAAAUUUAAAUCAAGGUUUUACUCAUGGUUUUGUAUUAACCUUCAAUACUGAACAAGAUCGAGAUACAUAUAUGGCUCAUGAUGAUCACAAAGCUUUUGUUAAACUUCAACAAGGAAUUGUUGAUAAAAAAAUUGUACUUGCUUUUUGGGGCGAAUAG